CGUAGAGGAAAUUGGUAGAGAGAGCUUCGUCCUUUGCUUUGGGCCUUUGUCCCUCCUUCCCCGAAGCUUCUCUUUCUUUUAUCCUCCUUUCUCCUUUUCCAAUAACUUCCCAUUUCUCUCUCUCUCUCACUCGUCAGGAGUAGAAUCUUAGAUUAUAUUGUGUCUGUAUCGUUGCUGCGAGUGGGCUUUGCUUUGCUUUGCGGUGGUGCUUUCUCUGCAAAGCCAUCCCAUUUUUGAUAACCUAAUUGUUUUUAAUUUCGAGAAAAAAAAAUGGAUGCCGAAUCUUGGCCUCGACUUUCUUCUUAUUCUAGGCGCUAUCAAUCCCGAUCAGGAAAUGUUGCAGAUGUGUAUCAUGGAGAAGAUUACGAAGCAGAUGAGGAACAGAGGCCUGAGUAUAUAUGCCCAUUUUGUGCUGAGGAUUACGAUAUGGUGGGGCUUUGUUGCCAUAUUGAUGAAGAGCACGCCGUUGAGGCCAAGAACGGGGUGUGCCCUGUCUGUGCAAAAAGAGUAGGCUCGGGUUUGAUUCGCCAUUUAACUGUGCAGCAUGGGAGCCUUCUUAAAGUGCAGCGGAGGAGAAGACUUCGCCGAGGAGGAUCGAACUUCUCUUUUGCUAAUCUAAGAAGAGAGUUGAGGGACGGAAAUGUGCAUUCCCUUCUGGGAGGCGGAUCUUCAUUGUUUGUUUCUUCCUCACGGGCUGAACCAGAUCCACUGCUGAGCUCGUUCAUAUCCAAUCCACCUGUGGCUGAUGAACCCUCCGUUAUCAAACCACUGUCUUCUGUCGAGGCUGGCUCAGCAGCGAAAGGCUCUGUUGAAGAUUUGGCUGAUGGUAGCGUGGCGUGCCAAACUCCUCUGCUGUCUGAUGAAGAUCUGAAGGAGAAGACACAGAAAUGUGAAUUUGUUCAAGGGCUGCUUCUGUCGACCUUUCUGGACGACAACUUAUAAGCGCCUGCGCAGCUGCGGGGAAGUAUUGUAGUACAUCAUUACAUGUGGAGACAAUGGGUUGGAGGGAAGAAGGGGGGGGGGGGGGGUGGGGGUGAGAUGAGGGAAUGAAUACAGGAACAUUCUAAUCAUGUAAUCCCAAACACUUAUACAUAUCUAUAUCUCUAUAUAUAUAUAUAUAUAUUAUGUGAAUAAAGAAAGACAAACUAUGAAGAUAGUUUAUCAUCUGUGUGUGUGUAUUAUAUAUUACUGCAUAACCUACUAUGAUGUGUUGUUGUA